AUGCCUGGUGAAGAAGCCCCAGAGCCAUCAACGAGGCAUCGCAGCAAAGAGAGAAGUGGGACUAAGAGAUCAGAACAAAAAGAAAAGAAUGGCCAGGUGGAGCAGUAUCCACAGACUAGAUUAAUCAGUAAACCCCUCAUGAACACUCUCUGGACAAAAUUUAAGUUAAGGAAAUAUCUCACAAUAGGAGAUAGAUUAUCACUUGCAUUUGAGUUCAGCUUAACAGAUAAACAGAUAAGUCAAUGGUUUUGUGAAAAGAGAGAGAAAUACAAGGAAGAAAUAUACAAGCAGAAAUAUAAGAAGAAGCAUAAGAAGCUGGUGAAAGAUGCACUUUUGACGGAUAAAAUUAAAAUUAAAGAACAAUUGGCUGAAUGCGAAAAUGUUUUUAAUGAGGUUCAGGAAGAACAGGUAGCUACGUCCUUGAAGGAUGAGGACUCUGAUUGUGAAACGAAAAGGAAGACCAAAAGGUGCCUUCGCGCGCCCACCCCGAUAAGGGACACAGAAGGCUCCACCUCUCUCUCAGAGGAAGAGAGUGAAUUGGAGAAGGGAAUAGAGGAAUUGGAGGGUCGUUUAAAGAGAGUGAACCCCCUUGCUCCGGGAUCCACCUCUCCGAUGACGACCGCUCCACCUCCUUAUAACCCUGGUUGGGACCCUGGAACUGAAAAGCCUAUUUGGGUCCCGGAGCGCUGUACCAGACCAGUAGAAGAAAGCUCGAGACAAAAUGAGGCUCCAACGGUGGCUGAUCCCGUUGCUGAUAUUUCCAACCCUUCAAGCGAAUGCCAGGUCACGCCUCAUGCGCUGGACCCCGCUGACGACAUUCCUUCUGCACAGGUUCGUUGA